UGUUCCCCAUCGCUCCACUAGCCUCAGCUAUGCAGGGAGCCUGUGUGCUGCUGCUGCUGGGCCUCAGGCUACAACUGUCCUUAGGUGUCAUUCCAGUGGAGGAGCAGAACCCAGCCUUCUGGAACCAAAAGGCAGCUGAGGCCCUGGAUGCUGCCAGGAAGCUGCAGCCCAUUCAGACGUCAGCCAGGAACCUCAUCAUCUUCUUAGGGGAUGGGAUGGGGGUACCCACGGUGACAGCCACCAGGAUACUAAAGGGACAGUUGGAAGGUCAUUUAGGACCGGAGAUGCCCCUGGCCAUGGACCACUUCCCCUACAUGGCUCUGUCCAAGACAUACAAUGUGGACAGACAGGUCCCAGACAGUGCAGGCACAGCCACCGCCUAUCUCUGCGGGGUCAAGGCCAACUACAAGACCAUCGGCCUGAGCGCAGCUGCGAGAUUCGACCAGUGCAACACCACAUUUGGCAACGAGGUCUUCUCAGUGAUGUACCGUGCCAAGAGAGCAGGAAAGUCUGUAGGUGUGGUGACCACCACGUCCGUGCAGCACGCCUCUCCAGCCGGCACCUACGCGCACACUGUGAACCGUGAUUGGUACUCGGAUGCACAGAUGCCCACUGCUGCUCUGCGAGACGGCUGCAAGGACAUAGCUCUACAGCUCAUCUCCAACAUGGACAUUGAUGUGAUCCUUGGUGGGGGCCGCAAGUUCAUGUUUCCCAAGGGGACACCAGACCCUGAGUACUCAGGCAACAGAGCUCAUUCCGGAAGCAGGCUGGAUGGACAACAUCUGGUACAGAAGUGGCUGGCCAAGCACCAGGGGGCCCGGUAUGUUUGGAACCGCACGGAGCUCAUUCAGGCAGCUCAGGACGAAGCAGUGACUCACCUCAUGGGCCUCUUUGAACCUAACGACAUGAAAUACGAGAUCUACCGAGACCCUACCCAGGACCCUUCCCUGGCAGAGAUGACUGAGGUGGCUGUGCGCAUGCUCAGCAGGAACCCCAAAGGCUUCUAUCUCUUUGUGGAAGCGGGCCGCAUCGACCAUGGCCACCAUGAUUCCAUAGCCUAUCGUGCCCUAACUGAGGCUGUCAUGUUCGAUUCAGCCGUUGAGAAGGCAGACAAGCUCACCCGUGAGCAGGACACGAUGAUCCUCGUCACUGCCGACCACUCUCACGUCUUCUCUUUUGGUGGCUAUGUACCUCGAGGGACCUCUAUCCUUGGACUGGGGGCCCCCUUCAAUGCUCUGGAUGGCAGACCUUUUACCUCAAUCCUUUAUGGCAACGGUCCUGGCUAUAAACUUGAGAAAGGUACCCGGCCAGAUGUCACUGACAAAGAGAGUCGUGACCCCAAGUACCGGCAGCAGGCGGCUGUACCCCUGUCGUCAGAGACCCACAGCGGGGAGGACGUGGCGAUAUUCGCGCGUGGCCCGCAGGCGCAUCUGGUGCACGGCGUGCAGGAACAGAACUACGUCGCUCACGUCAUGGCCUUUGCAGGCUGCCUGGAGCCCUACACUGACUGCGGCCUGGCGCCCCCUGCUGGCCAGAGCAGUGCGGUGAGCCAGGGCCACACCUUCACCCUGCUGUGCCUGUUGGCUGGGACAAUGUUGAUCUAGAUGGUGGACGCUAAACCCCUACUAAGCUCACUGGAGUCCACUCCACUGUGGGCUCUAGUGCUCAUGGCUGUGGUGGUUUAUGGUUGGCCCAGGGGGUGGCACUAUUAGGAGGAAGUGUGUCACUGUGAGGGUGGGCAAUGAGACCCUCUUUC